CCCGCUCCUCCCCCCUCCCCUCCCCCGCUGGUGGCCCAGGCUGCCCGAAACUCUCCAAACUUUUCUGCCUUUUGUGGACUGGAUUUGUUUGCACUUCGCCAUGUUCUUGCUUUCAGUUUGCUGCCUCGUGAUGUUGGGGAGCCCUUUCUUUCCCAGCAGGGCUUUGUUGGGGGGCAGUCAAAUCAGCAGAACUUUUUUUGCGCUCUGAUCCCCCCUCCCCCCUUGGUGGUGGUGUUUGUUUCUUCGCCCUGGGAAGACGACUGUGUGCCUCUUUCUUCUUCUCCCUCUCACUCUUCCUUCCCUCUUCUGUGGCGUCUGGGGCUUUCCCCGGUUAACCCCUUGGCUGCCGUGGCCGGGGACGGAGGGAUGGGGCUGCAACCGCCGCGCGGGGUGGAGUGCCUUUGCUCCAGACGGUGGACUGGAGAACUCGCGAGCGCGCGGAGCCCAAGGCCCUGGGCGAGAAUCUCGGCUCUCUGUUGGGCGGUUAUUUGUUUAGCCUUCUAGUUGCGUUCAGUGGCCCUCAGUUCUCCUCCUCCUAUUCCAUGGAAGGUCACACUUCCCAGACCGCUCCCACAGCAAACUUGGGGGCUCUUGGCUGACGUUCUUUUGGUCACAUCGCAGGCCGCGAGUGCCCUGGGCGCCGUGGCGGGCUCGGUUACCCGGCGUGCUGGCUGCGGGCUCUCACGGGCCGCGCGGGACGCCCGGGCGAUGUGGGUUGGGGAGCCCCUGUACUGGUGUAUGUACCGCCGAGAUGGCCUCCGAGGGGAGUCGAUGGAUUUCUAGGGAAUUUUGGUGCGCUGUGGUGUAUAGCGGGGUCUGCGCUCGCCAGCUUCCGAGAAGGCCCUCCGUAGGCCUGGGGGGCCAGAGCCCGGUGUGCGGGCCCAAGAGGGUGCAGGGAGCGAGAGAGGCCAGGGGCACCUCUGCUUCAAGGAGGUGGGAAGCUGAUAGCCCGCCACCCAACUCCGGGGGCCCCAGGGUGGCGGGGGGAGACGCUUCCUGCGGCGCGUGUCCCGCGCCCAGCCCUGAUAUUUGUUAAUAAGACUCAACCCCUCCUCCCACCGGCCUCUGCACCCUGUCCUCACCCUGGACCCCCUCCCCCCAUCCUACUCUCCUCUGAAAAACCUGGAUUAGGAAUCUUUAAACGCCAGACGCGUUUGUGCCCGGCUUUCCGGGAUUGUCAUUUUGCACCUGCGCUGGUUUGGUCCCCCUACCCCUUAUUUACACAAUUACUUUUGUUUUUUCUUUCUCGGUAACUCGAGAUAGCAAUUUGAAAUAAUGCACUCACUGUUCAGCAGGACUCGGUGCUAAUGGCCAAGGGCUUGCCGGACGGGAGUCGAUGCGAUCUACAAGUGUUUUUCAGCAUUAAAAUAUUAACUAUCAGGUUCGACUUGUUUUUUGGGCCCUGGCAAAAUGGCAAGGGCAUGCUAGGCCGGUCACUUCAUGGCUAGGAAAGAAAAAGAAUUAUUCUCCCGCUUCUUUGCGCCCUGGCUCCUGCAUGCUUGGGAAGCUGGGAGAACGUUCCAGCCCUACCUUCUCCCGCAGGGCCAGCUCCUUCAGGCUGCAGGGGCUCGGCUCUGGGGCUGCAGCUUAGAGGAAGCACAGCCCGAUUACUUUGUAUUUCCCCUGCGAGCUUGUGAGCACCUUAGACCAGGAGCUUUCCACUCAGAAUCGAAGGGGAUGUGUACCAACAAACCCAACCAAGCAACAUUCCAAAGUAACCCUGAGAAUUUCUUCCUUGCCUCUCCUCGCCCCUGCAGUGGAAACCUGGCUGGGAUUAUUUUAAAAUCCAUUUAGCCAUCUGAAGGGCCGUCUGAAUAUUGAACCUUGAUGGCAGACUUACUGGCUUGCCUGACUCUUUAAACUCCCUGUCUGUGACCACUUGCAAUCUUGCCGUAGCUUGUGUUAAAACUUGAGCAGUUGUGUUUUGCGGUAAUUAGGAAACAGGGAAAUUGUAAAAGGCAAAUAAAUGAUUUCUGGGUGCAAAAAGGAAGACUCCCCACGCUCGCUCCCCAUUAUGGGCAUCUUAGGAAUAGAAGGCUGCUAGUUAUUUUAAUUGUGGACCUAGCGGGUGGCCUUGCACUGUGACAUCAGAUGGGAGUCUGAGAAGACAUUUCUGAACUCAGUAGGCAGUUUUGGUAUUUGCAUGUCAAACAUCAACAGACACCUUGGUGUGCACUGCCCCUUCCUUCUUUUCUGUUACCUGGGUUAGAUGAUGUCCUCCAAAAUUAGUUAUUGAGGCCGGCAAGCAGAGCAGUGAAAAGGAGGGUGAUAGCUGUGGUGUGGCACUUCUGAUGUUUUCCAUCAGAGGACCAGCUUGCAAUUACAGAUUGCAUACAGCUGCCAAAGGAAUCUAUAGGCAAAAUAGUGGUCCUUCCAUGCUUGUCCGAAAUUCUUAGUGCUUUGUAGAGUGUGCUUUUGAUGGCAAAGUGGAAAGACAAAUGAGCAGUAUGCUUCUUUCUUCUCUUGUUCCUCCUUGGUGGUGUUUUUUUCCUGCAUUUUCUGUGACUUACCUGUAAGCAGCUGCUUCCUUUAAACAAACUCUUUGGAACCCUGAUUUUUGCUCUUCUGUUUAAGAGCGUAAAGAAUUAAGGAGUAUCAUUAAAUCGGCUUAUGAUGAAUAAUACAUUGUCUCAAAAAUAAUGCUUUAAUUGGUGAAGACGCCAUAAAGCUUGAUAGUAAUAAUUUUAUUUUAAAACGACAAAGAUUUCUGCAUAACAUUAAUUUGGUCUUUGAUCCAGUAAUAGGAACGGCUUUUAAGAAGACAGAUUCCAGUACAAAAACGCACUGAGGAGAGGUCUUGUUAAGUACAUGAGAAGGGACAGAACUGCAAAUAUUGGAAUUUUGGUAACGUUUGUGUACUGAAGAUAAAAAUACUAUCACCAUAUUAAAGUUGAUAGGAAAAAGUAGUUUUAUAUUUCUUUUUCCCCCGCCCGCCAAACCAGAAAUAGGAGGAUGGUGAUCAAAAUUCCAGUUAGGUUUGAAAUUUCAUUUUAAGUGCUUGAUUAUUAGAACUCUUGCGUCUUCUUUUAUCCAAAGUUACUUGCUUUCCAACUGAGCUAUUUGCUACUAGGAUGCACAAAUAAGCAUCUUGAAUUCAUUUUUGAACUUGGAAUCCUGCAUUUAAAGGAAACCAAGAGGGGCCUUUUCAUUGGGGUUUUAUUUAGCCUGGCAACUUCUCCUUUCUGGCCUGUGAAAAAUGGAUGUUUUUCUCCUGACUCAAACAACAUAAUCCUUUCUAAUACAAAAGCUUUAGACCUUGGAGUGUGAAGGGUUAAUGGUGGUCCUUCCCUGUUGUCCUCCCACCCCCUGCCUUCCCCCCUGAUUGUUUUGACAACACUUUUCAAAGUGUGACAUUCCAAGUCUCUACAUAACAAUGUAAUAUUACUGUAAUUACACAGGUCAUUACAUUUUAAAUAGAGAACAAUAAAAUGCUUAUCGCCCUGAAAAAGAACAGGUGUUCUUGCCCUUCUUUGGUAUUUAUGCUAAUUGUUUUUCAUCUCCUUCAGAAAUAUUUAUGGCGAGCAUGUUUAGAGUUCAGUCUCAACACAACAGUAUUAAUUCCGUGCUAAUCUUUAGAGGUUGGGGUUUAAUGUCUGCAGUAUGGAUUAUGGGCUCAACAUUCACCCAAUAAGUCAUAUUUUAAUGAUUAUAAAUUUAAUAUGCUAGCACCUUGCAGUUGGUUGACGUUAAAGCCUUCUGAAACCCCAGAAACAAACUCUUCUGCAGUCGGGAGCCUAAAUGCUUAUGUGGAAGAAGUGUUUUUGGAAACUUUUGACUGUUAUAAGGGAAGUAACUUUGACUGAUGUCCCCUAUCUCUGAUGGCAGCAAGAUUCCGAGGAAAACAAUCCCGGUUCUUGCUAGGAGUUUUUCCACCUUGAUUUUAGUUUUACUGAUACGGAUUUCAUUUAGAGGCACUGCUGGAAAGUUGGUCAGCUUUCUGUUUCUUAGCAAGCUGUGAAAAAGUUACAGGAAGGUUUCCAGGGGCUUGCAGAACAAGAAUGCUGUUCUCUUAGCAGCUCGGGAUAACUGCAGUCCUGCACACCAUUAAAAAAAAAAUAUUUGCUUUAGAAAACUAGCAUUUUAAUAGUUGCACCAGAGGCUGUGCUUUUAAAGAUUACAGUAGAAAUCUUUGCAGGGCUUGAAUGCCUCCUUAUAUCCCAUGAGAUGCCUGUGUGCGUGCAAGAAGUGCAUAGAUUUCUCGGUUGAGAAAUCCUGGUGUAACUUCUCUUACACGCGCAGUGGGUAAAGUAGAAGGUAACUAAGAGGAUUUUACAUUUUGUCAGAUGUUUCACAACGGGGGCCCCUGGAAUCACAUUAAAAAUGCACUGAAGAGAAAGGACAGCUGCAAAUUUUUGUGUGGACGGGUGUUUCUGGACCAUGACUAAAACUCCGAGGACCUUUUCCCCAGCUGUCUGGAAGUUAUGUGGAAGUUAGUUUAUUGGCAGUUAAGUAUGAGACAACCUGGAUUUAGCAAAUACUCUCCCCUACACAGGAAGUAGAUGACAUUAUAUUGGGGGAAGGGCAGGGACUUCAGGCAUAGAAUGAUUUACUCUUUUUUUUUUUUUUUUUUUAAAUCAUGGAGUUGCCAAAUAAGCACUUUCCAAGGAAGUAGGUGUAAGCUUUUUAGUCUUGGUAAGUGGAAUUAGAUAGUAUCUGUAACCGCAUUUAUAAACUGUUUUGAGGUGUCACGUUUGAGAAGUUCUGAAAAGGAGGGGUGAAUCAAAUCCUUGAGGCAUUUCUUUCUGAAGGGGUGUGUGAUAUGGGCAUCUCGAGUUUCUUCUGGGAGUGAGUAUUGGUCAACGUGUAAGUAAAUCUUCAACUCGGACUUAUAAUUGAGCACAUUUGUGAAGGAAAUGGUUAAUUUUACAACCAAAGGCAAACUUGCACCUCGACAGGUCUGCUGAAAGAAAUGUGCCCCAGCCCUUUGCUGGCAAGCGCCACCGGGUCAUAAAUCCACAGGCUUUAUUUACAGCCCAUAACACUUAUGAAUGUUAAGAUAUUUGACGCCACAUUGGCCUUAUAAUAUUCAAGGUCCGCAGACACUGGCAGUAGCUCAAAUUUCUCUCACUAAUUAUAAGCGAUGAGAUGGGGGGGCAACCUCUCACAAAUGCUGCCCUCCCCCCUUUUCUGAACCCUACCAUGGCAAUCUGAGCUUACUGAGCCAGACACCCCUUCCUUUGGCAGCUGACUUGUACUUUUCCUCUAGGCUAUUGUUAUACACACUUAUAAAGAGCACUUCCAGGGUUGGAAAUUCAGUGGGGGGGCUUUGCACAAAUGCCUAUUUCAAAAGCAAAGUUGCUCUAGGUGUUUGCGUCUUUCCUCCUUUCUUUUGCACCUCCUUUUUCUUUUUUUUCUUUUACUUCCUCCCUUUUUCUCUUCCUUUUCUUUUUUUGAGGCUACACUGCCUAUAUUGUGCAUAUUUCCCAGAAUACUUAAAGAAACCUGAUACGGGAGACUGCUCUCUAUAUGAUGUUCCACUGUGCUGGGAGGGAAAAUACACACAUCGCAGAGUGCACUAGUUAACUUAAGAGUUUUUAAAAAAGAAAGUGAGGUGGAGUGAGAAAUGAUUAAAAGAAUUUAAUUGACAAGAAAAAAAAUGCAGGUUUACCUUGGUGAUGGGGAGGCUGAUCAUUUGGGGGGAGGGUAUUGGCAUCUGGGGGAGGGAGCACAGCAAAGGAGCCCGAGGAGGCAGAAUAAAGGUUUUACUAAUAAAGGUUAGAAAAGCAGAAGAAAAUAGGACGAGAUUUGGGCUUGGAGUAAUGACUGGAUUGAAAUUGGGGCUUAAAGUUUCUGGUGAGGGUUGGGAGUGCCGCGGGGGGCGGCUGUGAAAAACUGUAUGGCUUUGCUCUGCUCAGUAAAGACUAUUUUCAAUCCAUUGCCCAGUGUGCGCUAACAAAAGAUAUAUUCUAUAUCAGUUAUUGUGUAAGCAUCUGCGAGUGGGGGGGUCGGGAGGGGACGUUAUCUGUGGUCCACAUCCUGAUGUGCGAGAGGCCAAUUGUCCUGCCGGUUUUAAUUUAUUUAAAAAAAGUAGGCUGUUUGUGUGUGUGUGACAAACUGACCACCCUUUAACGGGGCGGGGGGUGGGGGGGGAAUAAGACCCAGAGGCAUCUGUCUGGGGGUAACUGCUGAGCAGUCAAGAGGACGCUGAUGGCUCUGUCAUUUCUGGCCGGAUCUUCCCCCCAUCCACCCCAAACUUAAAAACCCGAGGCCGAAAGGUUUUAUUUUCUAAUCAAUGGAAUGCAGAAACUUACUAGCCCUCAGGGACAGAUAUGAAUCCCUUAACAGCUCAUUACAAAGAUGGGGCUGUGGGAUCUUUGAGCGGGUUAUCAGCCGUGGUGUUCUUCCGUUUUCCCAGGAUAGGUUUUUUGCUUCCUUAGGCACAUCUGAUUUCAGGCUGGUAAUUCAGCCAGUCAUAUUUUAUUCUUUUUGUCAUGAAGUAGCCCCAAGAUCAGCGCUGAAGGAGUUAAAAUCGCUCGCUAAAGUUUGGCAUCAUGAAAAUAAAUUUGAGGCCUGGUAGGCAUUAGCAGGGCACAGCACAUUUAGAGAGCUUAAUUAGUACGAACUGUAAUUGUUCAUGGUCUGCCAGAAGAAGUAAUGUUCAGGAAAAGUGGAGUCCUUCUCUUGCAGUCUUCAGUUUGAAACCGAUAAAUCACUUGCAUAUUUGUGUAGUGAUUCAAAUGGAGCUAAGACCUCUCCCAUCCCAACAUGUGGUAAAUUGUAAAGUCAAUGAAUUGCAGAUGUAGGCUACAGUGAGAUUCUCUAAGAAAAUGCAGAAUGAAUGGGAAAGAGUGAUGCUAUAAAUAUUUACUGAGAAGAUAACUAGAUUCCUGUGUGCUGGGCCGAUUACGAUGUACUAAAUAUAUUAGUAAAAUGCCGAAAAAAUCGAGAGGAUUGUGUGGGUCUUUGGGUGGGUUGGUUUGUUUUGGAAAGUGAAAUAAAAGGCACUAUGUUAUUGUCCUGUCAGUUUUAUUAAGCCUGAGUCACAAUGGCAUAGCCAGGGAAGGACACAAGAAAACCCACAUUAAUGCAAAUAAAUUCGUUAUGAGUUGCAGCGUGGUGACUGCUAAGUGGAGUUAUAAUGGGGCAUCAUUUUAAGAGUGUUAGUGUAGCAACUUUUAAUGAAAAAUGCUGUGUUAGGAGCAUGUCGCAGCGCUUGAGCCCCUGUGUUUUCAUGGGCUGGAAAUGAGUUUUGAACAAGAGCAGGGGACUUGAUGUAUUUCAUUUCCUCCCCCACCCCCAACAGUUGAAAAACUUUACCACUGAAUGUUUUGAUGUUUAAAGAAAAAAAAAAAGAAAAGCAUCUAGUUUUUCUCAGAAAUCAACCAAGAAAUGCCUAUUGCCAUAACGAAGUUCAACCUCCACUUUUUUUUUUUUUGCAUGAGAGACUGCAGCACAGAGUAGAAAAACAAUGAGUGUAGCAACCCCCUACAGACCUAUACAUACCACUUUCUCGAAGCAAUUUUUCCCCUUUUUUUCUUCUUAGAGGAUUUUGGUCUCAGGCAAUGUUGCAAGUCAAUACUUCUUUCCCCAAAUGUGAGUGGGUGGAUGUGUAUGGAAGCUGUAAAAAUUAAUGAUCGUUCUCUGACUCAUAGCUGAUGGUUUCAGGUUGAGGAAAAGAGAAAAAAAAAAAUGAGUGUAAAUAGACAUUUGAUGGAACAUUGAGACAGUAGGAGAGAUUGUUCUUAUGUCCAAAGGCAAGUGUUUUGUUGCAGUAGAAUUUCUGAAGGAGAAUGCCAGGAACUGAAAAGGGGAUGCCUUUGUUUAAAUUGUUGUUUCAGGAUGGUACAAAUAUUUGGUGUUUAGAUCUUUGCAGGAAUGCUUAAGCCCACAGACCUAUAGUCAAUGCUGGUUUUGCCUUCCCUGUGGAAGUUGGAGGCCCCCUUGAUACUUCUAAAAAGGGUAAGCAAUAACCCAAAGUGUUGGUCAAAAGUUUAUUUUCCAUUAAAUGUAAGAGACAUACAAAGUGGAACUGGAGGGCUGUGUCCAUAAUGGUCUGGUUAGCUCUGAAAAAUGACUGAUGGCCUAAGGAAAAGUCUUAGAUGUGCUAAAAAGUAUUCCAUCUCUUAGCUAGUGGCAUGGAAAUUUAAACUUCGUGGUGGGAGAGAGGAAAGUAGACCAGAAACACUGAAGACCGCUUAGAAAUGGAUCUGUUGUUUUUUAUAAGAGAAAGCCAGGUGAUUCAUAAAACUGAAAAUAAAGCAAAUGUUCCACCUCUUCCCAGUUUAGUAGAAAGAACAGGCAUAAAAAAUUAAUCUCCAUCAUGUUGGAAGUUAACUUAGUGCUGGAAAAAGCAACAUAGGGUUUCCAUUUUUUUAGUCGCCUUUAAGGAUGAGAACUCUGUGGUUGAAGAAAGCCAUUUCCCCUUCCAUCCCUAGAAUAUCGCUGAUGUCUUGGAUCUGAAACAUGCAGUCCGGAGCCAGAUUAGAAAAUACAAGGAGAGAAAUCAAGAUAUGAUAAUAAUAAAGGAAGUGGUUCAUCAUAAAAUACGGGUUUUUAAUUGUGCCAAGUUUUCCCUGGGUACUUGUAUUUUAUUUUUGUGUUAAAAAGCUGAACUGUAGCACAGCAGAGCCUUGGUGGCUCUUUCCUCUGGACAAGGGGGGCAGGGUCAUUUGGGGGUGUUAGGAUGGGGGAGUGGGCUCGACCAUUGUAAGCAAGCACCCAAGAAGAGUUGAGAGUUUAUGGGAAGAAAUGACAAUUCCUUAGAGUUAUCAUUUGGUGACUCUGCAGGACACCCCGUGGAGGGAGGCGCCAUGUUGAAGGCCUGACGCACGCCUUAGUUAUAACUGGCCUUGGUUAUAACUGCCGCAGUUGCUGGGUCAGGAAGUGACAUGGGUACUUAAGGUCCCCAGAGCAGGGCAGUCCCAGAAGGUGAGGCGUGUAGAAAUCUGGUUCAUAAACUCAGACCUCAGAGAGCUGUCUUGUGUCUUGUUCGUGGGUCUCUUAACCUCCCCUCAUCUUCCAAAAAACAAAGGGCCAACCGUCUCUUGUUCUCUCCUUCCUUAUAGCUUUUUAGAGAGGUAUAAAUGAUCGUUCCAGUUUUGAGUGCCAAGUUUUUACUGGCUACUUGUAUUUUUAUCUUUGUCUUAAAAAGCUAGACUUUAGCGGACAAGGCAUCUUUGUGUUUUACAGGAAAGGAAAAAGCAGUUAAAGCGUGUGUUUUAGAAAAAGUGUAUUUGGGAAGAGAGGGGAUGGAAACCCAAAGGAGAAACAAGAAAAUUUUAAGUCCUCAGCGCUGUAGCUGGGGGAAGUUUGGCUUGGAAAGUUAACGCAAAUAGUUGCUGGCUGGGAGGAAGGAUCUCAGUUGGGACUCAAACGAGCUUCUUGUGCUGUCGUGUACAUUUGUGAGCUGGUCCAGGUUUUUCUGUGUUGUCAGACACCUGGGGGGGAGGGCAGUUAGUUACAUUGCUUGGGGGGGGGUGUUAGAAUGGAGUGUGUGUGUGUGUGUGUGUGUGUUGGUUAAAUUAACUUUGUCUUGUCUGUCGGUUUCUCUGAUAGACUCUUAAGGAACUUCCUGCUGCAUUUUUACUGUUGUAAUUGCAGCCUUCUCUGGGGUUAUGUUGUUGUUUAGGUGGUGAUGAACACAAGGAUUAAGAAUGAAACUGGACAAGUGAAAAUUGAGUUUAGAUUAACCACAGUUUCAUUAAUUUAUUCAUAAGAUUGUGAUUAUAUGAAUUUUUUUUUUUUUUUUUACCACGACAUAUACUUAGUUAUCAUGUGUCCAUUCAAUUUUAAUUGACAAUAUAAGAUUCCUGUGGUUACCCUGAGUGCAGAUAGCCUAGGGCUUUGCAGGGUUUGUGGGAAGAAAAGCUUGGACAAGUUUCCAUUAAGCUCUGAAUCGAGCAAUUGGAAAAGAGGAGAAUAAAACAGGCUGAAAGGAGGGCCAAGUUGUUAGUGUUGCCUCCUCUGCUCAGAAGGAGAACCCUCCCCAGACAAGAGCUGCUCUCCAGCCAAGAAUUCCAAACUCGUGGAGAAACCUGUCCAGAGCACAGAAGUUGUUCUAACACAAUGCAGGGUUGUCACAGUAAUUACUGCAAUCUCCGCUUACUGACUGGCAGUUUUCACAAAAAAGACAGGCGGACAAAGGGUUCAAAUUCAUUUUUCUUUUUGCAGCAAUUCACUUUAGAUGAACUGCUUUUGAGUGUGUGUGGGGGCUUUGUGUGGGUGGGUGGGGGGAGGAUAUCUUAAAUUGCUCAUCAUUUAAUUUUUUGUUGCUGUUUUAGAAGAGUGGUUUAUUACUCUGCUUUGACAGGUACAGGGUUUUUUUUUUUUUUUUGCCCACCUUUAUUGUUCCUCCUUUUAACUUUGAUUAAUAUUUUGUUUGGGGGCAACCAGAAUCACACACAUUAUAUAUAAUAUAUAUGUAUGUAUGCAGUGUUUUUAUUUGGAACAGAUAAAAAAAAUCUCAGAACCCACUGUAUCCUAAAAUGGAUAUUUAUAGCCUUAUUCCAUGAGCAGGAUGGAUUUAGACUAAAAUUUUACUGGAUUAUUACUGUGCUGAGUUUAUUUUGAGUUGGUUCAAAAGUUCUUACAUGGAUUUUUUUCUCUUUUUUUUUUUUAUUUUUUAAACUGUGUGAAUUGAAUUUUCUUACAGGGACCAGGAUACAAAUUAAUGGGGCCUAAAAUUCACUUGCAGCCUAAAUUCUGCUUUGUUAGUAUUUCAGAAGUGUUAAAAGUAACAGUAACAGUAGUAACAGUAGUCAUAGUUUGUUACAGUAAUGCAUUUCCCUGUUUGGAAAUGUAACUGAUUUGCUGAUUGCCAUGGUGGGGGCGGGGGAGAUGGGCAGUGAUUUCACAACAGUUCAUCAGCUGUUUAUAUGUGGUGAAUUCAAAUGCAUUUCCCCCAGAUAUCUUUGAGAUCCUUUGAUUUUUGCAUUGUUUGCAAAAUACAUCGCCUGGUGGUGUUUUCUUUACCCAAUUGGUAGGAUGCCAAGAUUAACAAGGAUUAUUUAGGAAACUGAGAUUCUGGUGAGGAGGAGUCUUGGCCUGCCUUUCUAUUUGGGAUACCUGCCUCUUUGCUGGGUAAUCUGUGGGGCAUCAGAGGUUAACGGCCAGGAGGGACUUCAAUCAAGCUUGGGCAGUGCAGGGUCUGAGUAGAGCAGUGACGUCCAACACGAAGGGCCACUAGCCAGUCAGUGGUCCUUGGAACACUGGGUGGCUCUUUGGCAAUUGUUGGCCUUGGUGGUGCAGUGGUUAAGCGCUCGGCUGCCAACCAAAAUGUCAGUGGUUUGAACCCACUAGCUUCUCUGUGGAAGAAAGAUGUGGCGAUCUGCUUCCAUAAAGAUUACAGCCUUGGAAAUCCUAUGGGGCAAUUCUAUUCUGUCCUAUAGGAUCCCUGUAAGUCAGAAUCGACUUCAUGGUAAUUGUUUUUUUUUUUUUUUGGUUGGAUUACUAGAGUGCACCCUAGCCUGUAAGACCUCCUGGGAUGGGCAGCACAGUCAUCUUGAAGGAAGGUAUAAGGCAUGGUGCGGCCCCUGAAUUCUGUCCAACGCAUUUGUUUUCUCAGAAAUCGAAUUGUGUUUGAGGGCCAGGGCCUGAGCAUUAGGAAUGCGGGGGCUUGUACCUGUUGCAGUCUUGUGGUGUCUCAUCUUUCCUCUCCCAACCCUUCCUCUCUUGCCUACAUGUUGCAAUUCUGACAACUCUCUGCAGCUCACGGUUAAUUCUUAUUCAGCAUCUUGCUGGCACACUGGCUUCCUUUAUGUCUCAAUGGGCAUCCAUUUUUCUUUCUCUUGUCAUUGAGCCCCACUCCUGGCCACCCCCUCCCUUUUUGCUUAUUGAGUAGGUGCUUUUUUAAAAACAAAAACAAAAACAAAAACUUUACCUUAGAUGAUGGUGAUGAUCUUAUCCACAGCAACAAAUAAAAAUACUUAGGUCUUGAUUGAAUGCCAGGGCUGCAGCUCAGUCUAGGAAGGUUUGUCUGCUAUUCAUAAACUGCUUAAGAUGUUGUCUUGUAGUUUGGGACAUAAGCAGAACGCUUUGAUUUGGUUUCUUUCUACAGCUCCAUUUUCAGUCCGGGAGCACGCAUUACUCUGCGUACAAAACGAUCGAACACCAGAUUGCAAUUCAGAUGGUGUGGGACCAGUGGAAUAUCUUAGAUGGCUGCUCACAAGUCUUCAAGGCCGGACACUACUCACCAAAUAUCUCCAGAUGAAAUGGCCACUGCUUGAUGUUCAAGCAGGGAGCCUCCAGAGUAGACAAGCCCUCAAGGACGCCCGGUCUCCAUCCCCGGCACACAUCGUUCAGUGCCCCCUCCCUUGCUGCACUCAGGGACAUGCCUGUCAGCACUUCUACCCCCCCUCAGACUUCACUGUCAGCACUCAAGUCUUCAGGGACAUGAAAAGGAACCACUCCUUACAAAAGGUUGGGGAGCCCUGGUGUAUGGAGUCGAACAAAGUGCCAGUUGUGCAGCACCCCCACCACGUACACCCUCUCACGCCUCUCAUUACGUACAGCAAUGAACACUUCACCCCAGGAAACCCUCCUCCACACUUACCAGCCGACGUAGACCCCAAAACAGGAAUCCCACGGCCUCCGCACCCUCCAGAUAUAUCUCCGUAUUACCCACUAUCGCCUGGCACUGUAGGACAAAUCCCCCAUCCGCUAGGAUGGUUAGUACCACAGCAAGGUCAGCCCGUGUAUCCAAUCACGACAGGAGGAUUCAGACACCCCUACCCAACAGCUCUGACCGUCAACGCUUCCAUGUCCAGCUUUCUGUCUUCUAGGUUCCCACCCCAUAUGGUCCCACCACAUCAUACUCUACACACGACUGGCAUUCCCCACCCGGCCAUCGUCACACCAACGGUCAAACAGGAAUCCUCCCAGAGUGACGUCGGCUCACUGCAUAGCUCAAAGCAUCAGGACUCCAAAAAGGAAGAAGAAAAGAAGAAGCCCCACAUAAAGAAACCUCUUAACGCAUUCAUGUUGUAUAUGAAGGAAAUGAGAGCAAAGGUCGUGGCUGAGUGCACGUUGAAAGAAAGCGCGGCCAUCAACCAGAUCCUGGGGCGGAGGUGGCACGCAUUGUCCAGAGAAGAGCAGGCGAAGUACUACGAGCUAGCCCGGAAGGAACGACAACUCCAUAUGCAGCUGUACCCAGGCUGGUCCGCACGGGAUAACUACGGGAAGAAGAAGAAGAGGAAAAGGGAUAAGCAGCCGGGAGAGACCAAUGAACACAGCGAAUGUUUCCUAAAUCCUUGCCUUUCACUUCCUCCGAUUACAGAUGCAAAUACUCCAAAGAAGUGUCGGGCACUGUUCGGGCUUGACCGACAGACUUUAUGGUGCAAACCGUGCAGGAGAAAAAAAAAGUGCGUUCGCUACAUACAAGGUGAAGGCAGCUGCCUCAGCCCACCCUCUUCAGAUGGAAGCUUACUAGACUCGCCUCCUCCCUCUCCCAACCUGCUAGGCUCCCCUCCCCACGAUGCCAAGUCACAGACUGAGCAGACCCAGCCUCUCUCGCUCUCCCUGAAGCCCGACCCCCUGGCCCACCUGUCCAUGAUGCCUCCGCCACCCGCCCUCCUCCUCGCCGAGGCCGCCCACGGCAAGGCCCCUGCCCUCUGUCCCAACGGGGCCCUGGACCUGCCGCCCGCCUCUUUGCAGCCACCCAUCGCACCCUCCUCAUCUCUUGCACAGCCGUCGACAUCUUCCUUACAUUCCCACACUGCGCUGGCCGGGACCCAACCCCAGCCGCUGUCCCUCGUCACCAAGUCUUUAGAAUAGCUUUAGCUUCGUGCACCCUGGUUGGCUGGUUUCGUGUUUUGUUUGCCUUUUCUUUAUUUCCUCCCCCUUCUGAAAGAUUCUGUUUUGUACCCUUUAAUUUUGUGCCACGUGGCUACAUUAGUUGAUGUUUCUCGAGUUCAUUGGUCAAUAUUUGACCCAUUCUUAUUUCAAUUUCUCCUUUUAAAUAUGUAGAUGAGAGAAGAACCUCAUGAUUCUACCAAAAUUUUUAUCAACAGCUGUUUAAAGUCUUUGUAGCGUUAAAAAAAUAUAUAUAUAUAUACAUAACUGUUAUGUAGUUCGGAUAGCUUAGUUUUAAAAGACUGAUUAAAAAAGAAAAAGAAAAGAAGCAAUUUUGAAGCAGCCCUCCAGAAGGAGUUGGUUCUGUAUUAUUUGUAUUAAAUACGAGCUUGCGAACCAAUCAUUUUACACCUGGUUUUUAAACCACAAGGGCACGAGGAAUGCAAUGCCCUUACCUUUUUUUUUUUUCUGUGUGAAACAACUUUUAUUGUGAUGUUACUUGUUAUUGUUUAAAUGUACAGAAACAAAGGGUUAAAAUGUGUUAAUAUUACCUUGUUCCAUGGUGGUGUUCUUUUGGGGGGAGGGGGAUGCUACUCAACAAUUAAUGGAAUCACAACGCCGUCGGACCAGUAGUAUUUAUUGCUUUAGAUUGCUUGUCGUACCUGUACGUUGUCCCUUUUUAAAUAUGUUUUCUUUUUUCUUGACACUGUAUAAAGUUUUUUUCCCCCUUAGCAUAAGCAUCUUAUAUAUAACGACUCAUUUGUACAAGUUUUUAAGUUUAUAUAUAAAAUGUGUAUAUAUUUUUUUUUGUUUCUUCCCUUUAUUUUUGACUUUUUUUUUUUUCGCUGUAUGAAACCCAUAUGCCGCCAAAUGGACAUUAAUAGCUGCAUUAAAGGAUCAGUAGCAUUAACAAAAGUUGCUUUAAAAGCCAUUACGUAAAAUAAGACUUGAAAAUCAGUGAGGGAAUUUUAGCGAUGCUGUCUGAGAAACAGCGGGGACCAUCCUGGGUUCCCCUUUGAACUCACAGUCGAACGCCCUGCGCCAUUAGGACAUGGACUGACCGUGUGCAAAAGUUGAUGUGCCAAAAUUCUCAGUGACUUUAGCUUUCUCCCUCUUUUCGAUGCUGUAAUUUUUGUUCAUCAUGUUUUUGCUGUGAUGUUACAUAGGUAGUUUUGUAUGUAGUUUUAAUGUCACCUAUAACAAGAUGUGCUUGGUAGCCGAUUGUCCAGAAAGCAUUUUAAAUGAAGAGGUAUAAACCCUUAAGGGCCAAAAUUCUGUAUAUUAGAUUACUCUUAAAGGAAAAACCAGCUGCCGCUUCUAUGUACACAUAUUACAUACAAGUAGGUAGCGAACUUUAAAAAUAAUAAUAAAAAAAAAAACCUAGGCAUGUUGAUGUUGCAAAAUGCUGUAUAAAGCUGAAACCUGUUCAUUCAGUGCCAUUGUAGUUGACAUGAAGCGAUUGUAAAACUGUCUCCAAUUUUUCUCUGGUUUAUUAAGAUGCUAACUAUAACAUUUUUUGUGAAUACUUUGAAUGUUUCCUAACAGUUGUGACGUUACUGUUCCGUUUUAUGCUCUUAUCCAAUUUCAUUUUGAGUGGUUUGGAAGCCAUUUUUGUAAUGAAUAAAUGUUCACGCUGUACAGUAUCUGUAGCAUGCUGUCUGGAUUAAUAAAAGCAACUUAGUAUGUGCAGAUACAGGCUGGUCACUUGUUUCUGUGGUUUGGAUUUUCUCUCUGGGCCAACUGGAUUAACUUCAUCAAGAGAAAGAUAUUUCUGAGCUAGAAAUGGACCCCAUGGUUAGUGCACGGGUAGUGGGUGGUGACUUAGAAACCAAAAAGUGGUCUUGAACUCUUGGGAGGGGUUGAGGCGCUCCCCGCCCCAUCCCAUCCUUUAUGCCCAUUUGCCAUACCUCUUACACCUGGUUUGUACAAUGUGCCAUUUGCAGUGAAGAUGACUGACAUAAAGGGAAGCCUUGGCGUGUGUCUUUCCCCGUAUUAUUCAAUUUAUGUCAUCACCAAUAGUUUAUUUCUGAAGGCAGAGCACAGUUUUUGUUGUUGGCUGCCGUGGAGACAGCCCCUGACUCAUGGUGACCCCAGCACAAUGGAGUGAAAUGCUGCUCGGUCCUGUGCCCUCCCCAUAAUCGGUCAGAUCAGACUGUUGGGAUCCAUAGGGCUUUCAAUUGCCGAUUUUUGGAGGUGGAUCACCAGGCCUUUCCUCCCUAGUCCGUCUUGGUCUGGAAGCACCACUGAAACCUGUUCAUCAUCAUAGCAACGGCAAGUCUCCACUGGUGGAUAGCUGGUGGCUGUGCCUGAGGUGCACUGGCCAGGAACGGAACCUAGGUCUCACAUGGAAGGCGAGAAUUCUAUACUGAACCACCAUUGCCCUCUUAGAGCACAGUUACAGAGCAUAAAAUUCAUUCUGAUCUAGCCUACUCAUCCCUCUCACAGUGUCAAGCAGAGAGAAUUUAAUUCUUAAUGAGACUUAAGGAACUCCAUCGUCACCAUUUAAGGAUCAUUGAUGUGAAAGUGCCCUCACUUCCAAGAGUUGCAUGCAGAGACAGAUGCAAGUGGGUCAAAUGGAAACCCCUUCUCUAGCAGUGAGCAAUUGUGCAAGAAGUCUUUUAGGAAAUUGCAACAAGGGUGAUUCACUCAGAGGUUUGUGUAGAGGGGUCUUGUAGUCUGGGGCCCAAGUUCUUUGGCUUUGCCCUCAGUUCAACUCCUUCCCUAGUGAGGGGUAGUGAACAUCUUCCUGACGUUCCCAUUUGAAUUCAUUUAUCAUGCUGGUACAUCAUGGGUAUAUACAUUGUUCCACUUACCUAGGAUGUCUGUACCUCAGCCUUCAGACCCAUUGCAGGCCUUUCAAAGGACUUGAUUUUAAUGAACACUGACACUGUUCAUGUCCACAGUGUCAUUUUUCAGUCUUGGCCAAGGACCUCAGAAACUGGGCUUUGCCCAAGCUAGUUUUUGUUCUACAAAAUCUAGGCAUUUUGCUUUUGCUUUUGCUUUGCUUUGCUUUGUAAUCCAGGCAUGUUGAGAGGAGGACUAUCUCUAGUUGUCCUUCACUAGUUGAUUUUGCACACUGGGCCCAGAGCGACCUCAGAAAACCCACGUUAAAUAAGAACAAUAUCUGUUAUUGGUGGCGGUGGGCCAAGCCAUUAUGUGCAUUUGCUCAUUUAAUCCUAACACUACCACCUGAUGUAGAUAUUAUUCUCCCCCACUGCCUUCUGCUUUAUUUUAUUUAUUUUUUAAUGGAUUUAGAAACUCAGAGUUUAAGUGUCUUUUCCAAGGCCACACAGCUAGUUAGUAGUUGCAAGACCCGGGCUUUAAAUUCAAUCUGACUCCAAGUCCACGCUCUUCACACUUAAGUUAUAUUGCCUUGCGUUAUGUAAAAUGGCCCUUCCUUUGCCGAACAGAAGCGAAGGGACGAUCCUUUCGAAGGACUUUGGAACCCACCCCCUCACCCACCACCCAGGCCCUGCACACUCACUCAUUCACACAGCCACUUUAUCUCUGGCUGUUCUGAAGAGCUAGUUACCUGGAAGCAUUUUUGCUCUUCCGCUUUCAAAGAUGCAGCUUCACUCUGCCAGGAAGAUGCUGUUCUACUCCUAGGUCCCCACUCCCCGUUUCCUGCCUGGGCCAUUCCCCCUCAUCCUUCGGGUCUCACGGAGACAUCACUCUCCUGACCCUUCAAGGGUCAGUUUUUCCCUUCAAUGCUCUCUUUCAACACCGUCUGCCCUCCCCUUUAGCCCAUGUGUAACUACCAACAUGUCAAUGGAUGUUGCUUACCCAGAGACCACUCUCAACUAGAGCUUGGGGCUUUUACAAGUUCCGUUUUGUGAGUACACUUGAUGGGAGCUGUGAGCAAACUCAUUCACUCAUUUGUUCAUUCACCAGAUGUUUAUUGAGCACACUAUGCAGCAGGCAUCUAGGCCUGGGUGAAGCCAGCUUGGUCUCCCUUGUUCCCCCGAGCUCAAUCCUGCACCAUCUUCCGGGAUGGAGUCUUGAAGUGAGGGGAAACACCAACAUUCGUGAGGUCCGGACAAGCUGCUCAUCUGGAAAGGGGCUUUACUCAAGGAUGACACAAGGGAAGCUGAAGCUUAAAGACGUCAAGAGUCAGAUCGCCCAGCUCAGGUGGUAGCCUGCAGCCUGCACAGCCAGCGAGAACUGAAAAAGUCAUCAUCACUUAGCGAUGGGACCCCUUAGGGCAGAGUCAUGAUGCUUGGGGAGGCUUGGACUAGACUUGUUUUCUCACAUUGUGUGCAGUCUACUUCCCCCAAUUGCACACGACCUUGGGGCCAGUCUGGGAACCAAAAUGGGUUUUAAAAACAGGCACUGAAUUUUGGAUAUACAAACCUGGGAUUCCACGUAAUUGAACUAACGUUGAGCGUAGAAGCUUGCUUUGUUUCGUUUCCCUUUUCUUUUUCUCUUUUUAAUUUAUUAUUAAAGUAAUUUGUGUAUAAAAGUUGUUUUCUGGGUAUUCUGCACUUUGAUAGUCUGUGGCUUCUAAUCUUUUUCUUAUAAUUUUAAGAAAUUUUCUAUAUCAUUUAAACCCCAGUACUGUUAACCAAUGGAGCCCCUUCAUGGUGUAAACUACCAGCCAACUAGCAUUAGACUACUAGCUGAAAGGUUGGUAACUUGAACCCACCCAGAGGCACCUUCGGAAAAAAGGCCUCGUGAUCUACUUACAAAAAGUCACAACCUUGAAAACCCAGUGCAGUAGUUGCACUCUGCAUGCACAGGGUCGCCAUGAGUCCGAACUGACCGGACAACAAAUGUUACCGACAAGAUGCAGGCAGGUCUAAGACAUUAUUAGGGCCCUGGUGGUGUAGUGGUUAAGAGCUCACCCACUAACCAAAAUGUCAGCAGUUCAAAUCCACCACUCUGGAAACUCUAUGGGGCAGUUCUACUCUGCCCUGUAGGGUCGCUAUGAGUUGGAAUUGACUCGACGGCAACGAGUUUGGUUUGGUUUUUAAGACAUUUUGUUCUUCCAGUCAGUAAAUAUAAAGAUCCCAGCAUUGCAUGUAGACAAGACUGCUCUGGGAGACCUUGCUCUUUGAUGAACGGAAGCGAGAAUGAGAAUUCAUAUGUGGACUGUAUAGAGGUAGAGAUGCCACCAUUUCCCAGGCACAGGACUAGAGCCUUCUUCCCUGCCAUAGAGAACACCUAGUAAGGCAGCAGACUGCCUCACAAUAACAGCUAUUGUUUUGCAAUUCUUAUAUUUCAGAUUAACAUAUUUCAACUUAAAUAAGGUCUCUUGUAUUAAUCAGAGUAGUUUAGACUACACUGCAAUCAUAAAUAAACCCUAAAUGGCUUAACAGUAAAGAUUUACAUCUUGGUCAUCUCAGAGAUAUCUUCCAACCCCAUGGAUGCAGGAAAGAGAGCGUAAGAACAUCACCUGGAUGUUUGAAGGACCUGUAUGUGACAUUCUGCCCGUGUUUCAUUGUGGAACUCACAGUUUCAAGGCCAAUCUAACUGCAAAGGAGGCUGGGAAGUGUUGAGAAGCACACAGAUACGAAUGAGCACUAAUAAUCUACCCACAACUUUCUUAAACCCAAGCCAAACCCAUUGUUGUUGAGUCGAUUCCGACUCAUACCAACCAUAUAGGACAGAGUAGAACUGCCCUAUAGAGUUUCCAGGGCUGUAAUCUUUACAGAAGCAGACGGCCACAUCUUUGUCCAGCUAAUUGGAUGCAAUCUGCCAAGCUUUCAGUUAGCAGCCUAGUGCUUAAGCAUUGUGCCGCUAGGGCGCCUUACAACUUCGCUAGUGUCUGUACUUUAUCAGAGCACCCCUUUAUUACCUUCAUAGCACUUCUUCAUUUGUAUUACACACACAUACUUGAAAUUAUUUAUUUAUUUAUUUUCCUGUUCAUUGGCUCCUCUAUGCUCUGAAGCAGGGGCUGGUUGACAAUAGCCUGGAGGCCAAAUUAGGCCCAUGGCCUGUUUUUGUAGGGCUAUGAGCUAGGGGCAAUUUUACAAAGAGUUAUUUAAAAUAAAAAAUGGCAACAGAGACUGUAUGUGACUUGUAAUGCCUAAAAUAUUUACUGUCUAGCUUUUUACAUAAGGAGUUCGCCAGCUCCUGGUGUGGAAGGUAAGCUUCUGGAGGGCAGAGAUGAUGUUUCUUGUUUCUCACUUGAUCCACAGAAUAUAGGACAAAGUCUAAUAUCUCGUUGUUGUUGUUGUUAGGUGCCGUUGAGUCGAUUCAGACUCAUAGCAACCCUAUAGGACAGAGUAGAACUGCCCCAUAGGGUUUCCAGGAGCUGCUGGUGGGUUUGAACUCCCGGUCUGUUGGCUAGCAGCAUAACUCUUAAUCACCAAUAUCUCACAGAUGUUCAACAAAUAUUUAUUAAUGAGUAAAAUAAAUAAGUUUUUUAAAAGAUGUCUCUCGAGCAAAUGUUUUUAAUUUUAAUCAAGUCCAAUUUGUGAGUUUUGAUGGUUAAAAAAAAACUUUUGCCAUUAGUCAAUUCUGACUCACAGCAACCCUGUAGGACAGAGUAGACCUGCCCCCAUAGGAUUGCCAAGCCUGAGUCUUUGUGGAAGCAGGCUGCCACAUCUUGCUCCUGCAGAACGGUUGGUUGGUAGGUUCCAACCACUGACCUUUUGGUUAGCAGCCAAGCUUUUAACCACUGAGUUACCAGGGUUCCUUAUUUUAUGCUUUGUGCAUUUAAAUCCCAUUUGAGAAUUCUUUUCCUACUCCAUAUUUAUGCAAAUAUUCUCUCCUCCUUUUUUCUAAAAGCUUUAUUUGGCAUUUUGACAUUUAGAUCUAGGAUCCAUCUGGAGUUGAUUUUUGUGUAUGAUAUGACUUAGGGGGUCAAAGUUCACCUUUUGUUUAUAUGGAUAUCCAGUUGACCCCGCAUAAUUUGAGUCAGUAUGGUUGUGGAUGUUUCUUGACACUGUUCUGUUCCAUUGAGAUAUUUUUCCAUCUUGGGGCCAAUACCACACUGUUUUAAUUACUGUACCUUUGUAAUUUUUUUUUUUUUAAGUCUUGCUACCUUCAGUUGUGUUCUUCUCCAUCAAGAUUAUCAUAGCUUUCUCAGCCCUUUGCAUCGCCACAUAAAUUUUAGAAUCAGCUUGUCAGUUUCCAUACACAAAUGCACAACCUGCUGGACUUUUUAUUGUGAUUGUGAUUAAUCUCUUAUUCAAUUUGGGGGCAAUUGACACCUUAACAAUAUUGAGUAUUCCAAUCCAUGGACAUGUAUAUUCCUCCAUUUAUUGAUGUAUUCCAUAAUUUCAACAAUCUUUUGUAGUUUUAUGUGUAGAAGUUUUAUAUAUCUUUCAUUAAAUUUAUUCCCAAGUAUUUGAUUUUUUUAUAUUAUCAUAAGUGGUAAAUUUUAAUUUUUGUUUUUUAAUUGUUUUUGUAUGUACAAAUACAAUAUACAAAUACUUGAUUUUUGUAUAUUGACCUUGUAUCCCAAAACCUUGUUAAAUUCACUUACUAUUCUAACAGAUUCCGUACCACACAGGGACUCUUCUAACCUUUAUACUCUUUAUUUAUUUAUUUUGCUUUUUUGCACUGGCAAGAGCUUCCAAUAGAGUGUUGAAUAGAAGUGGUGAUACUGGACUUCCUUGUCUUUUUUCUGAACUUGGGGAAAUGAGUGCACUAUUUCACCACUAAGUAUGGGGUAAGCUGUAAGUUUAUGUAGAUGCCUAUUACCAAAUUAAGUCAAUUCCUUUCGAGUCAUAUUCUGUUGAGAAUGUUUAUCACAAUCUCAGUUAAAGGCAAGCCACAACUUAGGUGAUAGUGUUUGCGAUAUAUGUAUAUCCAGAAGUAUAAAGAAUUUUUCAAAACCAAGAGAAAAGGAUAGCUUAACCAAUUUCAAGUGAGCUCCCCUCCCAAAAAAGAAGACUAUAUAUUAAAAAUAAAUAAACAAGUCACAAAAAAAGGAUAUGCUAGUGGCAUGUUUAGCUUCAGUAGAUGAUCAUAGGAGCUUCAUUCAUAAUGGCCCAAAACUACACACACCUGUCUAUCAACAGUAGACUAGACAGAUAAAUAAAUUGUAGUUCCCAUGCAACGCCUUCAGAUUCCUCUGGAUUUUUCUCUUAGAUUAUAAAGGCUCCUCUCCACUCAAACGCUAAAGGUGAUGUUGGACGGGUAGAGGAAACAAAGGCCUUUAGGCUGUGCGUGUUGUCUGGAGCAAGUAAUAAACACCAUGGCUAUGACUGCCAUGUGGCUUACAGAGGGCGGGAGAACUAUGGCUGAAAGUCAUGAAACAGCUUUUGAAAAGUUUUUUAAUACCCCCUUUUCACUUAAUUUAAGGAUCUCUGGUGGCGCAGUGGUUAAGUGGUUGGCUGCUAAUCAAAAGGUCAGUGGUUCGAACCCAUCAGCUGCUCCUCGGGAGAAAGAUGUGGCAGUCUGCCUCCCUAAAGAUUACAGCCUUGGCAAUCCUAUAGGGCUGUUUUACUCCGUCCUACAGGGUCACUAUGAGGUAGAAUCAAUUUAAUCUUGUCUGGAUUCUAAAGGUGGUGGUGGUUGCUACUUAAAAACAAAGGUAAGUAUUGCCAACCCCAGCCACCCAUUCCUAUUUAAUGGUACCCAGUAUGGAAGGAAAAACUGGAAAAUGUGAAUGGAGUGGGGAUUCUGGAAUGGCCUCUAAGAAUAGAUAAUGAUAAUGAAAUAGAUUAAGUUUCUUUUAACUGUUCCAGAUAACACCCUGCUAGAAAUCACCCUGGUAUCUAUGACCAAGGUUUGGGCAAGGGGGGCAGGGUGGUAAUGGGAAGCCUUGGGUAAGGUAGUGAAAUUGAAGCUAGGUCUUGCUGUUGUCUGGGUGUGGAAGGGACUCACACAAUUCUUGGGGCUCCUUGAUUAACCCCCAUACACCCUGGGGUAUUAGAACUCCCAAGAGAGAGUUGUUCUGUCCUCCUGGGCAGGAAUUUUAGGAGAGAAAAGUCAGCAGUUCAAACCCACCAGCUGCUCUGUAGGAGAAAGAAAUGGCAGUCUGCUUCUAUAAAGAUUAAAAGCCCCCAUUGCUGUCGAGAAAAUUCUAACUCAUAGCGACCCUAGGGGACAGGGUAGAAUUGCCUCAUUGGCUUUCUAAGGCUGUAAAUCUUUAUGGAAGCAGACUGUCACAUCUUUCUCUUAUGGAGCAGCUAGUGGGUUCAAACCGCUGACCUUUCAGUUAAUAGCUGAGUGCUUAACCAUGGCGCCACUAGGGCUCCUUCCAUAAAGAUUACAACCUUGGCAACCCUAUGGGGCAGUUCUACUGUCCCAUAGGGUCGCUAUGAGUUGCAAUCGACUUGAAGGCAACGUGUUUGGUUUGGGGGUUUUGUAAGCAAGACGUAGUCUGGCAGAGCUGGAAGGAAGGACCAGAGGAAACUGAGAUCCAGAGAAAGGGCCUCAGGAGUGUUUUGCCUGAAGCUACACAGCUGGGUGCUGGCAGGGUCUAGACUACAGGCCACGAUUCCUAGCAAUCUAAGCCAGGGAUCUUUCUAGUAACAGCCUGCUGCCUUGAAUUCUCUGCUGAUUUGCUUUGAUGUGGGGAAUUUUAGUUCUGCUGCCAGCUCCCAGACUUGUUCCCAAUCUUGGGUCAGCAUCCAGGUUUGGGCACUCCAGUGCAAUGGCGAACAUGGAUAAGCGUUGAAUUGUGUGUACAGCUCCUGGAAUAGCAGCAGCCACCUUUUAGUGUGCCAGACACCAUACUAGGCCCCCGGGCAUCUGGAGUGGCAGGCAUUAUUUCCUUUGCUCUUCACCUAAAUCCUGUGAUGUGAGUCUUCCUGUUUACAGUGUCAUGGGAGGGAGCUAAGUAACGACGUGUACAUGAUCUGUCAGCUGAAAAGUGGCUUAGUUGGGAUUAAAAUGAGGCUGUCACUACAGCCCAGAAGGCAAAAUGGUUAAGUGCUCGGCUGCUAACCAAAAGGUUGGCAGUUUGAACCCAUUCAGUGGCUCUGCAGGCGAAGAGACCUGGUGUUCUGCUCCCCUGAAGAUUACAGCCUAGGAAACCCUAAUGGGGCAGUUACAGUCAGUCACAUUGUGUCACUAUGAGUGGGAAUCAACUUCACACACCUAACAACAACAUAACUACAGAACAAUUCUUUUUGCCACCCUAUAGAGAAAGAAUCUUAGGAGAAACUGAGUCCCAAAAUUUCAGAGGCUUGGGAAAGCUGUCAGGAUAGGCUAGACUAGGGCAUUGGUCCCCUCGGGAAAAACAAGGCUGUUGUCUCGGGAAAUGUAUAUACUGUGGCUGCCAGACCCUCGUCCUUGGGUAGAGUGGUGUGUGGGUAGGGUAGUUACUAAGCGGCCCUGCCCCAUGGGCUGAGGGGGCCUGGAUGCUUCUCCUCUCCUUGGUUCCAGGAGCUGGCUCAUCCUGCAGCCCAGCUGUAGUGGGCACUGGGCAAGAUCAAACCCCAACCCAGCGGCAUAGCCCCAGAUUGGCCAUUCCCUGAGGCAGGCGGGCGUGGAUGGAUAUCUGUUGUGUGGAUGAAUACAGUUAUUCCCUGCGCUUGGUAUCUGGGAACUUCUGAUGGCUAUUUGCUGAGGUGAUUCUGGUACAAGUCUGAGGUGAUUCUGGUACAACUCUCUCAGUAUCUCAAGGCAGUGUUGAACAUGUGAGGCGGAGGGCUCGGCCUUUGGAACGCUCCAAGGCCGUCUCUGUUUUCCUCAGGAAGGGGCUGGGCCCACAGCACCUCAUCCUCUGCCCAGCCCUCCACCUUACAUAAUGGCACAUUAUACGGCAUCGCAAAGCAGGUGGUAUUUUUAAAGACAGCAAGUGAGCAUUUUUUUGGCCUAAAUUUGGGAAUGAAACAGAUGGAUUUUUAAGACUCUGGGCUUUUCCUAUGAAUAGUAACCGUUGUUCUCCCCUGCUUUAAACACCGGUUUCAAGACCACCUCCAGCAACCAAUCAGCACUCUGUUAUUUAAUUAUAACAAAAUUCUUAGCUCUGUCUGCUGCUGCUCGGACAAGUGGGGGGCACUGGAUCAAUUUCUGGAGCCAGGCAGACUUGCCAACAACAAUUUUCCUUUUCCCAGAGGGCCUCGGAGGCCAGGAGCAGGUUCCAAGUUCCUCCUCUCCUGCCUGCUCAGUGUGGGCUCCCUGACAGGGCGCUUGAAAAGGGUUAUAGAGAGGCAGAUAAAUGCUGUUCUUGUUGCAGCCUUCCCUGACAGCGCCGACCCCCACGCCAGUGAUCUCAUUCCUGCCUCAUUAUGGUUGGUGCCAGAUUUUUUCCAUUAACAGGUAAUUGAGUAGAAACUAAAAUAAGCGAAGUUUGUUUCAUCCCUUGGAUUUUCUUGCUUGGGUUUGAAAGAAAAACACUUUAGCAUCGUUAGUGGAGGAGUGUCCUUGAAAAUGUAUUUAUGUUUUCCAAGUGAUUUGUCGCUUGGUAGGUGUAAUUAGCCCGUUCCCUGGGCCUCUGCUGUCUCGUAUUUAUUCUUGAAGGGCCACAUAUUCAGAGAGAAUGGGAACUGGGCUUCCCGCCCCUCGCUGCCCAAUACCCUGAUUUAAGGGUGGAUGGUUAAACAUGUUCUUGUUCAUAAUAGGUAAGUGAUCUCUCAUAACACGCACACACCUACCUGGAAAAUCACCGGAAGAAGCCUGUUGAUCACACACCCUCAGCAUGGGACCUGCCUGCCUUCAGGCCCUGACUGAGGUGUGCCCUGCCCCCACCUCCGUUCUACUGUGCCUUGCCCCUUCUGCUAUGCUCCAGGUAAGUGGUGUCCUCUUCCCACUCGCCCACCCCCACUUUGUAGCUUUCAUUUUAUAUACCCUUUGGAAACCCUGGUGGUGUAGUGGUUAAGUGGUCAAAUCUACCAGGCGCUCCUUGGAAGCCCUAUGGGGCGGUUCUACUCUGUCCUAUAGAGUCACUAUGAGUCGAAAUUGACACAGCGGGUUUGGUUUUUUUGUUGUUGUUUGUUCCCAGGUUCUAAUUCCACAAUUUAAUUUUCCAGGAACUGAUGUCGAGUGAGUCCCAGUGUCUCUAGCCCUCCUGCUCCCCACCUCCUAGGGCUCCUUCUCAGCUGGUCUGUUUCAGCUUCAUGAAGAUUCCUGGUCACUGCCCAGCCUCGGGCCCUCUGCUGAAGAUCCGAGUGUCAGAUUGUUUGUGAUUUUGUGUGUGUGAGAGCGAGAGAGAAACAAAGAGCGAAUAAAAGAAGAGGCAGAGAAGACAGAGAGAAAGCAUAUGUGUGUGUGUGUGUGGGGGAGCGUAAGAUGCAGACAGAAAAGAGACAGAAAGUAUGUGUGUGAGAGAGAUAGAGAAGACAGUGCAUGUGUGAGAGAGAGAACAGACAGUGACAAAAAGAGUAUGUACAUAGAAGAAGAGGCAGAGAAAGACACAGAGUGUGUGUGUGUAGGAGACCAGCCAUGGUCUCUAUAAGUGGAAGUUUUCAUUUCACCUGGAUGGCCAGAGAAUCAUGACCUUGCUUAGAUCCUGAACCCUUUUGAGACUCUGGUAAGUGCUAAUGACCAUCACCCCAAAGGAAAUGUAUAUGCUUGAAUACAAACAACAUGGUGAAUAUGUUUCCAGUAGUUUCGUGAGCCCCCAAGGCUCCCAGGAUAAGAAAUCACUACAGUAGGUGUGUAGGUGAAAUUAAAGAUGUAAUUAAAGCAAUUGUUUUUCACAGUGGUUCACUCUUCACACACCUGAUAUAAAAUUUUUUCUGAAGGUAAGAAGCCCCUGGAAAUUUGCUGGUCACACUCAACUCUCUGAUGAGCAUACUUAGCUCAUACGAUUGCAUUAAUUGGUGUUCAAGCAAUAAUAAUAGUCAUGUUGUUAGGUGCCGUGAAGUUGGUUCAGACUCAUAGCGACCCUACCUGAGUACAACAGAACGAAACACUGACCAAUCCUGCACCAUCCUCACAAUCGUUGCUGUGGUCACACCUAAAAUGUUUAAUAGUCAGUCAUACCUAAUAUUUUUUACAUUGCUGCUUUGUGUAGUACUCAUUGGUAGGUAAGAUCCAUGCCUGCCCAGAGCUAGCAAUCCAGCGGAGGGUGGGGAUAGGCAAUGAAUAAAUCAACAAUAGAACUACCCUAUAGAGUUUCCCAGUCUGUGAUCUUUAUGAGAGCAUAACUCCAGGUCUUUUUUCCCAUGGAGCAGCUGGUGGAUUUGAACCACCAGCUUUUCGGUUAGCAGCCAAGUGCUUAACCAUCAUGCCCUGGUAGUGACUUCAUUUUACAGAUGAGAGCGCUGAGGCUCAAAGUGACCUCCUUGAGGCAUGGGGGCAGUGGAACCGGAACUGGAGCUGGGCUGUUCAGAUUCCCAGGCCUGUGUUCUUCUUCUUUUUAAAAAUAGCUUUAUUGAAGUAUGAUUUAGAUACCAUAAAACUCACUUGUUUCAAGGGCACAACUCAAUGAUUUUUAGAAAAUUUACAGGAUUGUGCAACCAUUACCACAACCCAUUUUUAGAACAUUUUCAUCACCCCCAAAAGAUCCCCGUUGCUCAUUUGCAGUGACUCAUUCCCACGCCCAGCCCUAGGCUAUCGCUAAUCUACUUUCUCCCUUUGAAAGUUGGUCUUUUCUGGACAUUUCAUAUACAUGGAAUCAUACAAUAUAUGGUCUUUUGUGUCUGGCUUCUUUUAUUUAGCACUGUGUUUCUCAACCUUUCUUUUAUUAUCACUUACCUCUCCCCAAGGAGAAAAGUUAAAUUUAAACUCUCCCUAAAGAGAGAAAUUAAAUACUAAGGAGUGCCAUUUUGUUGAGUACGGCUGAGCUUUGGAAGGCCACAGAUUAUUGUAAGAUUUUUUUUUUUGUCCCCCAAGACUCGGUUGUCUCAACUGAUCCAUUGAGAAUGCAUGACCUGGCAUAAUCUGUUAGAGGUCCAUCCAUGUCGUGGCCUGUGUCGGUAAUGCUUUCCUUUUUAUUGCUGUAUAUAUUUCUGUAGCUUGAAUGUACCGCAGUCGGUUUAUCCAUCCACUGGUUGAUGAACAUUUGGGUUGUUUCCAACGUUCAGCUAUCAAAGUUCGUGCCCUCAAACACUACACUGAAUCACUCAGCUCAUCCGCAUUUGAGGAAGAGCUGUGUCACUGGAAGGGGGCUGAUCCUCGGCACCCCAGAGUAGAGGUAGUAAUCAUUAGGCUGUGGGUUUGUCAGCAGUUAUCUGAAAUAGUGUCUGCCCAAUGUCUAGUAGAUGGCAGCAGCCCAGUAUGUGUUAGUGGCCCCCCUCAACCUACCCAUGGGGAAAGGUGCCCUCUUUGAGAUUUACCCCACUAUCCCAGCCCCAGCUUCAACCCCUGUCUCCAUGGAUUAUGUAAUGUCUGACAUUAUUACUUUCUCAGACCCAACAUUGUUACCUAACAGGAAUUUCAAGUAUUCCUCUCCUCUUGGCACUUUUCUUCUGGCCUCAGAGAUUGAUAUACUUCCAGGGGCCGGAUUGAUUUCAUCUGUUGCUGAGUAAUGAGGCCUUGUCAGGGGUCAGUGCUGGAGUAAAAAGAGCACUGGACAGAGAGUCCAGAGACCGUGCUUCAGACCCAGCUGGGCUCAGUGGCCUGGGCCAAACUCUAGAGGCGUUUGGAAUUAGUUUCUCCUUUCUGUAAAAGGCAACCUUGGCAGGUGUGCCAGCCUCACAAAAUUAUAAAGAGCAAUGAGAAACCAACUUGGAAGUGCCUUGUAGAUGAUGAGGCCCUGGGGAGAAGGAAGCUUGUGACAUACCCCUGUUGUUGCAUGGGAUCUGCUCAGUAAUGCUGUCCUACUUGGGUUGUGAAGAGGGGAGGUAUGUAUGUCCACUGAGAGAGACCCUAGGCAGCUCCUGGUCUCAGGCCCUGGCUGCUUCCGCUUGGAAUGCAGAUAUUGGGCUCAGUGUGUCAGCUGUUAGUUGCCUUUGAGUUGGCUCUGAUGCGUGGUUCCCCAUGUAUAAGAGAUCAAAAUGUUGCCUGGUCCUGUACCACCAUCUUCACAAUCAUUCAUAUGCUAAAGUCCAUUGUUGCAGCCACUGUGCAGUUUGAGUGCCUUCCAAACUAGAGGCUUAUCUUCUAGCACUGUAUCGGACAAUAGUCUAUUGUGGUCCGUGGGGUUUUCACUGGCUGAUUUUCAGAAGUAGAUUGUCAGGGCUUUCUUCCUUGUCUGUCUUAGUCUGGAAACUUUACUGAAACCUGUCCACCAUGAGUAUUUGCUGGUAUUUGCUAUAACUUCCAGCGUGACAAAUUGACAGAUGGGUGGUGGCAGUAUGUCAGGAGAGGAGGGAGACUCUAGAACUGGCCUGAAUUCACCUCACUCUGAGGGGAGGGUAUCUUAGGCUGCAUUCUCUAUGAGCAAAACCAGUGAAACAUAUAUGUAAAUAUAUAGAGAGAUUUAUUUAUUUUAAGGAAAUGCCUCACGCAAUUGUGGAGGCUGGCAAGUCCCAAAUCUGUGGGUUGGGCAAGCAGCUGGAGGCUUCUCCUGACUCAUGUGGUUGUGGGGGCUGAUGAACGCAAAAUCUGCAGGUCAGGUGGCAGGGCUGCUUGCUGGCUCACGUACCAAGAACCAGUGGUCAGAGGAUGAGAGUGUGAUGAGACGGAUACAGGAUUAAGAGAGCGAGCUUUCCCAGGACAUGCAUAUACAUUGGAUGUAGACCACACCUCCAAGGAAAUUCCCCUUCCAACUGAUUGGCUGCUCACAUCAGAUCACAAAAUGGAAAAUGAUUACAUAAUACCUGCCAAACCACUGAGAAGCAUGUCCUAGCCAAGUGACACACAGUAUUAACCAUCACAGAGUGUAUGUAGUGUCUGACCUCCUAGGCUCAAGCGCUGAGGAGGUAACCAGUAAAGGUGUGGGAGUGACCAAUUGCCAUCCCCCACACACUUUAGCUUUCACCCCCUUUCUGGCAAUUUUCCUGUUUUCUAUUGAAUAGACCUGGACACAGGGGAGCCGCCUAAGUUUGUGACCUUUGGGUCAUAAAGGUUACCUUCCUGGGAGCCAACUGAGUAUAGUGGUUAAAGGGUGAACUCCGGGGUCGGAAGGAGCCCUGGUGGCGUACUGGUUAAGAGCUACAGUUACUAAUCAAAAGGUCAGCAGUUCAAAUCCACCAGCCACUCCUUGGAAACCCUAUGGGGCAGUUCUACUCUGUCCUUACAGGGUCACAAUGAGUUGGAAUCGACUCAGUGGCAAUGGGUUCGUUUCGUUUUCUGAAGCCAGACUGCCUGGGCUUAAAUCCCAGCUCUGCAGCUUCCUGGGUGAGUGGCUUUGGGCAAGUUAACGAACUUCUCUAGGCCCCUGUUUCCUUAGCUGUAAAAUGGGGCUAAUAUGUACCUGCUUUUUGUGCGGCUCAGGUGAAAUUAAAGUGCUCAGGGCUGCGUUUGACACUUAGGGCUUGUUCCAUAAACAUUAGCUGUUGCCUUGUGCUCUCUGGGAUAAUAAAGGGAAGGACCUGGACCAAGGUCAGCCUUCUGUGAGGGAGAAGACAAUCACCUGCAUGAUGUGCUUUUGGAAGGCCACCAAACUCAAAUUUGUAUAAUGCUCCCAAGCCUUUCCCCAGACUCUGAUUCAAAUGUAGGUGCCCCCUAGAAAUGCUCACCUGUUCAGACUUCUCAACUGAGGCCCAGAGUGACAGAGGCCAUGUGAGGGCACGGGUGGGCCCAGAGGGCAGAGAAGUCUUCAGAGCCAGGGCCUUGUCCCUUCUGGCCCCCAUUCCUGUGCCCAGCAUAGACUUCAGCACCAACUUUUAGCCUUGACUUACCCUGGUUAGAGGCAGAUGUUGGACCAGAUUGUUCAUAAAAGGUCUUUGAGCUGGAACUGAUUUUUUUUUUCCUAAUACAUUCUCUUUUGAAGAGAGAGAGAAGAAAGAUGGGCAAAUGAAUGAAUGUAUGCAUGUAUGACUGUGGGGCCAAGGAGCUCAGAAGUACUCAUGCUUCCAUGCAGUUUCUCUUCGAUGAAACUUGCCAUUCCAUCUUUUCUCCCUCUGAUACCAUGAUGAUAUGUUUCAGAGGGCAAGUGACAUGGCCCAGUGACCAAGGGGCUGGAUCAUACUACCUCCUGACAGUAUACUGGUAAAUGUUUAACAACUGGUUCUUCAGGGGGCAAACCCUGACUUACAGCAUGUACCAAAUUCCGUGGUGUAAAUACUUCACAUGGCCAAUUUUAAGCUAUCACUGUGACAUUGUACAUGGAGUUGGGAAGAGAUGCUUGGAAGAAUAUCAUUAAACAAUAUUUCCACCACAUAGAUACAACACAUAUACAUAACCUCAAGACCAUAGAAAAUUGUAAACAUAAUUGGAAAUGAUGAGUUUUGAGUAUGUAUUACCUUUGUUGUUAAGGCAGUUUGGUUGGUUGUAUGUUUAUAUAACUUAAGUUUUAAAAACUGGCUUGCAGAAUUCCUGAAAAUUUAGCAAUUGGCUUUUAUAAGUCAGCAUGAGCUGGAUUCAGCAUACUACUGCCCUCAACCCAUGGCUGUACAGGAGCCAUGGAGAGCCUUGUCUCUGCAGUCUGUUCUGUUUGGAGCAUACCCACAUGGCAGGACCAGCCCAAGAAGGCCACCCUUUUUGCCAGUGCUUAGAAUCUGGAGGAUGAAUAGGAAGUAACCAUUCUACAAAUGCAUCAUUUGCUGUGCACCAUCUCGCCCACUGAAGUUUAGUUUGUCCUGCCUGAGUCUAGACUAUUUCACAAAGAAGAUUCAAAGAUACUCAAUUUUCAGUCUAUUCAGUACUUGAGAAAAUUCUAGCAACUCUCACAAAGGCAGAUUCCUGUGAAAGUGAAAGACCUCAGAGGGAAAAAAAGUCCCCCAAAGAAAUCAGAGUGGAGAAUCCCACUUUCCCUCAGGGACACUAGAAAGAAAUUUCAGGGGCCGAAUCUAUUCUCCUGACAGGAGAGCAGGGCGUUGUGGGUAACCCCCUUCCAGAAUAAGAAGCGAGGUCAGGGCCUAGGCCCCUUGCAGGUUGGAGACCUGCCUUGCUCCUGCGUGCUGUGUUGGACCUGGUUGUAAGAGGUGGCCAGCAGGCGGCCGAGCCUUUCAGUUGCCUCUCUCCUUACCUCACCCAUGACUCCCCUGAGCUUCUGCUUACUCCAGGGGAGCCCACUGGGGCAUUAUCCUGGAAGAAAGCCAUCCCGGCUGAAUGAGCAGCAUCUCCUUUCUGAAGGAGCCGCUCUGCUGCCCAAAGACUGCCUGGCUCCUGGCCCUGGGCCAUUGUGGAAGGACAAAGCUGACACACACAACAAUCCCACGACAAUCUCCUCUCAACUCUUUCUUCUUUAUUAUUGUUAUUAUUACCUUUCAAACACUCCAGCUCCUUGGGCUCGUUAUCUCUGGUGAGGCCUUUGGCCAAAGUGUGUGGGGGCCACUUCUCCGUCCUUGGCACCCCCUGGCCCUUAUAGGCCCAACUUCACUGCUAUCUCUUUGACAAAAUACAUAAAACCGAUACUGAUCGGUUAACAUACAUGACAUCUUUAAACUUUAAUCCAUUUUCCCUCUCUCGAUGUGGCGGGCCAGUGUCUAUGGAGGUGCCAUCCAUUGUUCCCUGUCAAAGCCUUCUUGAGUGGGUUUCCCACUGAGUCACUUUUGUGUGAGUCAAAUCAAGAUUAUAGGUAGCAGAGAAGAAAAAGCCGAGAAGAGAAGGUUAGCCCCUCAUUUUAGACUUUAAGAAAAAUCUGCCAGCGGGUUCCAGUCAGAGUGGGUAACGCACAUGAAAGACCCAGUCCAAGCUGGGUCGCCAGUGUCACCAGAGGAGUUUUUCAGGGAGAGGCAUACAAAACACGCAUUGUCGUGGUCGCACACAGAGACAUAAAUUUAGGAACAUGUUCGCCCUUCGCCUGAACAUAGUUAGCUCUGAUAAUGAGGAACAAUGAGCCGGAAUGAAACCUCCCGGGUUGAGUAGAGAGACUAUUGACACUUG